AUGACUUCAUCAUCGCCAUCAUUGUGUCAACAACUACAAUGUGAUGCAUUUCAAUUUACUAUUUGUCGUCAUUGCCAAUUAUUUUUAUGCAUAAAACAUUUAGCUGAGCAUCAACAACAAUUUCCAACUGAUUUUCAACGUUUAUUAGAUGAUGCACGAAGACAACAAGCACAAUUGUCAACAUUUGACACAAGAAUAUCUGAACAACGUUUAAAAUUGAAUCAAACUCAUGAUAUUGAUACGACACAAACGCGACAAAUAAAUACAUUUUUACAAUCAAGGACAAUUCAAGAUGGUAAUCGUUCAUGUUUAAGUCAAUUUCAAGCUGCAACUUCAUUUUUACCGGUAACGGAUAAACUAGAACAAUUCAUCAGUGAUAGUGAUUCAACAAUGAAUGUAAUUAAUACACAAUUUGAUGAAGAUAGUUUAUUUGCUUCAUUUGGAGAUUCAUCUGAUAUGUUCAAUAAAUUAUCUCGCUUUCCAGUAACGAAUAUCAAACAAGAUCAAAAUACUUCUUCCGAUGUAAAUCAUAAUAUUUCUUCGUCGAAUAUGAAAAAAAUUGAUGCUGAUGAUGGAAUUUCUGAAACCGAUGCGAAUCAAACUCAUAAUUCUUUAACAGUACGAGAAUUAAAAACCUAUAAAUGUGAUUAUUGUCCAUUAUCAACAAAUACUUAUGGUAUCGAAUCACAUCAUCAAGUUCGUUAUAUUCCAUGUAUUCGUCGAUCGACAUCUCAAAUAUCGCUAUUUGAACAUCUUAAACAAUAUCAUUAUUUAAAUUAUGCGGCCUCAAUGCAAAUUGUACGUUUAGUAUCAUCCGGCGAUCUCGACGAUCAUCCAACAUUAUUUUCUUCAGCAAGUCAAUCAUCGAUUGUUUCAAUUCUUCCAUCAUUUUUUCGUGCACCAUGUCCACUAACACAGCAUAAUGUGUUUGGCCUUGGACCCGUACAUGGUAUACGUCUAUGUUCACCUGCAGCUGAACAACAAGAUUUUGCGUUAUAUGAUCACUUUCUUGCAUAUCAUCAAUUAAAUCGUGCAAGCGCCAUGAAACUAGUGAAAGCUAUGAUGAAAAAUGAAAAUAGUAGCCAAAGAAUACUAUUUCGACCUGAUGAACAAGUUUUAAACCAAACAGCAUACGUAACAUGUCCUCUAAGUAGUUACGAUGCUAUUUUACCUCAUCAAGAACGUAUACCACAUACACCGUGUCAAUCGACGGUUAAGUUACGUUAUUUAACUGGACACCUACGUGAUGUACAUCAUUUAAAUAAAAUUGCUGCCAAACGAAUUGCAUCAGCAUUACGUCAUGAACAGGCAAAUAAUAAUGAAAGAUCUAUUGGACUCUUUGAAAGAGAUGAAAAUAUUUUUAAAGCCAAAAAGAAGAAGAAUGCAACGCGUUUUCGACCUCCAACUCAAUUAGCAAAACAUGUUCAACCAAAUACCAAUCAUCAGGAACAGCCCCCUCCACCGCUUUGGUGA